AUGGCUGUGCUAUCCUCUAAAUCCAAUCCCAUUCCUUUACUCACUCCUUACAAAAUGGGAGAGUUUGAACUAUCUCACAGAAUUGUUUUAGCACCAUUAACCAGAAGCAGAUCUUACAACAAUGUUCCACAGCGACACGCGGCGCUGUAUUACUCUCAGCGCGCAACGAAUGGCGGUUUUCUUAUUACUGAAGCCACUGCAGUUUCUAAUACUGCUCUGGGGUACCCAAAUACUCCUGGAAUUUGGACAAAGGAGCAUGUGGAGGCAUGGAAACCAAUUGUGGAUGCUGUUCAUGAGAAGGGUAGCAUAUUUUUCCUGCAAAUUUGGCAUGCGGGCCGUGCCUCUAAUACUGGUUUUCAGCCAAAUGGCCAAGACCCAGCCUCGUGUACGGACAAGGCAAUUACGCCUGGCCGUGAAGGAGGUGAUUGGUCUCCUCCCAGACGACUUAGGACCGAUGAGAUCCCUAGCUUUGUUAACGAUUUCAGGUUGGCAGCUCGUAAUGCUAUUGAAGCAGGUUAG